UUGUAUCGAGAUAGAGAAAUAAGAUAUUCUAUUGCUAAACGGUUGUCAGUGGCUGAUGACAGAUUUUACGGAGGACACCGACGGUGAUCUAUUAGUUCGGUGGUUGAAAGCUGUUGCACGAAUGAAGACGCUUCGAUUUAUGAUGCUGCGAUAUGCUAACCAUUUUGGUUUGGUUAAAGUCGAGGGCAACCUUCGGGUGUCCCUCCGCCUCCAGCUUGAGCUGGACUGAAAGAAAAGGAAGAGGGAAAGGAACGAGUUCUUCAGUGCCUGUGCACAGUCUAGUUCAAGACUCACGAUGAUAGUGAACGUCCCGUGAAGAUUCCUCCGGCCGGGCUGCCCUUCUCUGCCUAAACAAGAAAACUAGUGUCACCGAGCGUUGUGGACCGACCACCGUUUGCACAGGUCGCGGAACCUCUACAGAUCAAUCUAAUUGAGUGCUUUUCACCACGUUCUCCACGCUAGCAUGACGACGAAGAGUGUAAAAACGAAAUUAGUCCCGCCGGAUGGAGGAUGGGGAUGGGUCGUCCUCUCUUCAGCUCUUGUCGUGAACCUCCUUAUUCCGGGUACCGUGAAAUCGUUUGGUGUCCUCUUCGUCGAAUUUCUUCACGUUUUCAAAUCCACUUCUACCGCCGCCUCAUGGAUGCCAGCUUUAUGCUACUUUUUAUACAACUCUUUAGGUCCACUAUCCAGCAUUUUAUCAACUAGGUACUCCUACAAAACAGUGACCAUCAUCGGCGGCGCGUUUGCUGCUAGCGGGAUGAUGCUGAGUUACUUUGCUAAUUCAGUUUCCUAUUUAUACGUUAGCUAUGGCUUGAUGGUUGGAAUUGGUGCUGGACUAACGUUUCCACCAACAGUGUAUAUUGUAACUUCAUAUUUUGAAAGGCUUCGAGGUUUCGCAAAUGGCUUGUGCAUCUCUGGUAGUGCAAUUGGAACUAUCGUAUUACCACCUUUUCUACAGUAUCUUCUUGACUGUUUUGGAUAUAGAGGUGCAGUAUUAAUCAUGGGUGCACUCACACUAAAUACAUUGGUAUGUGGUUUACUAUACCAUCCUGUUGAACAGCACAUGAUCAUGGUACCAGUAGAAGGAGGAAUUGAUAAUCAAGGAUUAACCAUAGAUGAACCAGUCCCCCAUAAAAAAAAACCAACAGCAUCCAGCAUAAUUGAGAAUGAAACAUCAUGCAGCAACACAAGAUCAAAGAAAGAAGAAAGUUCUGGAACUGAAAGUAUAAUGAAUAACUCUAAAGUAAAUCCUUGUUUGAAAGAUAAAAAUGAGGAUAAAGGCGGUGAAGCAAAGAAAAAAAAUACUUCCGAAAAAGGCUCUAGUUUGAACAAAGAGAAAGAAGAUACUGUAAACUGUCAAAACGUGGAUUCUUUGCAAAGAGAAAGUAAUACUUCUGAAGUUCUUGUAACUUCCAAUAAAUUAAAAAAUGAAAAGCUGGAGUUGAAUAACACAUCAUUGAGUAAGAACAGAGACGAGAAGUUGUUUGAAAGUUCGAAAAGAGAAUUAGGAGAAUUAUCAGAAAAAUCAAUAUCUGGAACAUCGUUGACUAAGGUUGAAGUAAAAAAUAAACGACAAUUUUUUGACUUGAGUGUACUUAGAGAUCCAAUUUAUUUAGUAAUUCUCAUUUCAAACUCUACCUCAGCUAUCAGCAAUACCAAUUUUAUGAUCUUACUGCCUUCAUAUGCUAUCUCACAAGGAUUUGAUAAGAAUUCCUCAGCGUUACUUUUAUCAAUUGUUUCUGCUCUUGAUUUAGUUGGACGAAUCAGUGGUGCUUCAUUAUCAGAUAUCGACUUUGUGCCAAAGUAUUAUUAUUUUGUUGGUGGUCUGGGUACCAGUGGAAUAGCUUUGGCAUUAUUACCUAUGGCAACAAGUUAUACAAUGCUUUCUUUCUUUUGUGCAUUGUUUGGAUUGUCUUCAGGCAUGUACAUUGGUAUCACAACAGUAAUUUUAGCAGAUAUGCUUGGCACAGAAAAACUUAGCUCGUCGUACGGGAUAUCUUUAUUUGUUAAUGGAGUUCUUCAAUUAAUUGGUCCACCUAUAUGUGGCGUUAUAUUUGAAACAAUAGGAUCAUAUAAACCCAUAUUUCUAGCUUUUGGUAUUAUACUUAUUCUUGGCACUGCAUUAUGGGCAGCCGUACCUCUUAUAAAAAGGAGCAACAAAAAGUCUUUACAAGUUGUAUAAUAUUUCAUAAUUACUAGUUUCUAUAAUGAAUAUUGCAUAAGUUUAAAAAUUAUAAGGUAUUAUAGACUUGUUAAUAACAGCAUUAUAACUGCCAUUUAAACCAUACAGUUUUUUUUAGAAAAUUUUUCAUUUUUAAUCGUUUAAAGUCGCAAGUUAGUCUUUUUAUUCACAGAUCUAUAGUAAUACAUCAUUAAUUAUAUUAUUAUAGUAUUAUCAUUCCGAAUACUGAUACUGAUCUAAUUUUAUUUGUGUAUAUUGACUUAUACUUAAUAACUUAUAGUUUAGUUAUCAGUGAGUUUACUAUAGUUUUAUUUAGAUAUAAUAAGGAAAGAAUAUUUAGAAAAUAAGAUAGUUGAAUUAUUAUGCAUAAUUCUAUUAUCAUUAAAUAACAACAAUUAAUGAUACAUAGUGAAAAACUUAAUUAUUUUACUGUUAUGGUUGUAAAUGGGCAUAUAUGCAGUCAUAUUUGAUGUUAAUAGUGAAAUUAUAUGGAGAAGAUAAAAGUAGAAAUAAGAAUAUAUUAACUUUACGUUUACGUAUUAAUAUAAAAUUUAUUAUAUGAUUUAAAAUUUUAAGUCAUGAUUACAUAUCAAUCGUACUGUAUACAAUUCCAAAACAAACAAUUAUAGCAACAAGGAUAUUUUAAUAUAAUCGGUAUAGUAAUGCA